AUGGAGCCAAUUCCCCGCAAGUCCGAGUUGCCCUUCCUGAACGAGAUGGAGCCGCGCACUCAAUCCCCCAGCAAUCGCUCGCUGCUGCGUACCACGCCCGCCGACGAGAUGCAUGAUCUGCUCUGUGUUGGAUUUGGCCCGGCCUCACUGGCCAUUGGCAUUGCCCUGCACGACGCCAUGGAUCCGGCUCUGAACCGCUCCGGCCCCAGCGCAUCCUUCAAGCCUAAGGUAUGCUUCCUAGAACGCCAGAAGCAAUUCGCGUGGCACUCCGGCAUGCUGGUCCCCGGCUCGCGCAUGCAGAUUUCCUUUAUCAAGGACCUGGCCACCCUCCGCGAUCCUCGCAGCAGCUUCACCUUCCUCAACUACCUCCACAACAAGAACCGCCUCAUUCACUUCACCAAUCUGGGCACCUUCCUGCCUGCGCGCAUGGAGUUCGAAGAUUACAUGCGGUGGUGUGCCCAGCGCUUUGAGCACGUCGUCUCGUACGGUGAGGAGGUCGUCGAGGUUGUUCCGGGAAGCAAGACCAAUGGCGUUGUCGACUAUUUUGUCGUCCGCUCGCGGAACAGCGAGACGGGCGAGAUCUCGUCGCGUCGAGCCCGCAAGGUCGUCGUGGCCCUCGGUGGCAAGGCCAAGAUGCCUCCGGGCUUCCCUCAGGACCCGCGCAUUAUGCACUCCUCCAAGUAUUGCACCGUUCUGCCCACUGUACUGAAGAAGAACAAUGAGCCUUACAACAUUGCCGUCGUGGGCAGUGGCCAGAGUGCCGCAGAGAUCUUCCACGACCUGCAACGGCGGUAUCCCAAUUCGCGCACCACCCUGAUCCUCCGGGAUACUGCUUUGCGCCCCAGUGAUGACUCUCCUUUUGUUAACGAGAUCUUCAACCCCGAGCGGGUGGACAAGUUCUUUAACCUGCCCGCCGAGGAGCGCCACGCGCGCAUUGCCACCGAGAAGGCCACCAACUACAGUGUGGUCCGUCUGGAGCUGAUUGAGGAGAUCUACAACACCAUGUACAUGCAGCGGAUGCAGAACCCGGAUCAGACGCAGUGGCAGCACCGCAUCCUGCCGGAGCGCAAGGUCGCACGCAUUGAGCACCAUAACCCCGCCCAACGGAUGCGCAUUCACGUCAAGUCCGUGAAGGAUGAAGCCUCGGAGGGCAAGGAGGUUCUGGAGGUCGACGCCCUGAUGGUGGCCACCGGCUACCUGCGGGAUGCACAUGAGCAGCUGUUGGAGCAGGUGCGCGGCUUGCGGCCUGCGGGUCAGGCUGCCUGGAACACGGGCCGGGAUUACCGCGUCGCCCUCGAUGGCAGCAAGGUCAGCGCUCACGCUGGUAUCUGGCUGCAGGGCUGCAAUGAGAAGACCCACGGCCUCAGCGAUAGUCUGCUGUCCAUCCUGGCGGUGCGUGGCGGCGAGAUUGUCAACUCCGUGUUUCAAGAUCAGCUGUCCGGUGCAGUGGUGCAGGACACCCGGUUGCGCGCCAUGCUGUAA